AUGACCACUACCCAGCUUCUGCCUUCUAUUGUCUCACAUCCUUUCCAAAAUGCCUUCGAUGACAAGCCCUACUCUAUCCAAGAUGUUGACCCACAGCAGAGAUCACCCGCAGCCUCUGGCAGCUCGUUCAACAAUCCUAGCCAACAGCGACCGAGACAAGUCUCACCCGCAUCAAUUCUGUCGGUAGCUUCGGCUCCUCUGCCAUACAACAACGAGAACAUCGCUCCCACGCCUCUCAAAGGGGUCUUCAGCCAGCCGCAGUCCCGCGUCCCGUCGAUCAAUGGCGACCGACCCGGAACAAGCACCUGCGUCCCACACAAGCCCGUCCAUCAUAUCCUGGCAUCGAGACCCAGCACCUCAUCUGUGGCUCCCGUUCGACAUAUACAGGCCGAUGGCGGUCGACAUCUCGACGAUACUUCAAGAAAAGAUGAGCUGCUACGCAACGCACUGGAGGAUCUAGAAAGGUACAAGAGCAGUAGAGUUAUUGCAGCCAACAACCUCCCACCUAGACCGCAGUCAGGUGUGAAGGAGUCCAGCGAGUCUACAUCCAUUCCAUAUCAGGAUACUGCACCUGAGAUGUCUGCUCCUCAAGUCUCAUCGCAAAAUACAAUCCCUGCGAAGCCCUCGCCACAGACGCCUGUCCGCCACCACAAGGUUAUGCACUCCGCCUCUAGCGGUGGCAGCCAGACUCCGGCCCGAUCUCCUAUGCAGCUCCACACUCGCCAAUCCACUAGCUCGUCUGGCUUCGUGCAUACCAUCAAGACCGCCAGCUUCAGCAACAUCAGCUUCAGCAUGCUAUCUAAGCGGCUCAAGCAUGGCCGAUCCAGUGAGAGCCGCUUCUUGUUUGGAAGUCACUCCCGCUUCUCUUCGGAUAGUGACCGGCCAGCCACAGUAUCAUCCAUGGACGAAAGUGCUCUUUGGAGGAGUGUCAAGCGACGGCGGAUUUUUGAGGAGAUCCUCACUACCGAGGAAAGCUACGUGGCCGAUCUGAAGGCACUCGUCUAUCUCAUGUCGACAUUACUGGCAUCAGCUACCUCUCUUCCCAGUCGUGUUCGAAAUCUUGUCCAGAAGAAUGUACUCGACCUUCUGCACCUCCACGAAGGACUAGUCGAGAAACUACAUGGUGCAGCCUACAAAGCAGCCGCAAGAAAAUGGGCGGACACCUUGUCACCACAGAGCCUUGGCUCCCCAAGACAUCUUCGCUGGAGAAGUCUUGACUCUCACAUAGUUUAUCGACCGUCUUCCGGUCGCCGUCAUGCUAGAAGCUCUCUGGACUCUACAAAUGCGCCGCCACGCACCCGUGCUCGCUUUCUGGGCACCGAUCCGGUGGACCUCACUGAAAUCAUCGACAUCUAUCGAAGCGCAAUGGCGAGCUUCUUUGCUUACGAAGAGUACUGUGCUAAUCACGAGAUCAUUGCUCACGACCUUCAGCGCCAUCUGCCAAACUUGUGGUCGACUUACGAGUCAGGUAUGGAAUCUCUCGCAAGGUCUUUGGUUGCUCUUGACAAGAGAGCUGAGAACGGCCGAAAGGCUCUCACUGUUGGCGAUCUCCUGAUCAAACCCAUUCAAAGGAUUUGCAAGUACCCUUUACUAUUCGAUGAACUGCUUGCCUACACUCCAAGCUCUGAUGAUCCAUCUGUGCAUGCAGAGCUCGAGAUCGUUCUCCAAUGCCUACGUGACAUCGUCGAGUCCGUCAAUAAUGCAACUGUCAACCCCGAGAUCCGCCUACAGAUCCACAGACGGUGGUCCCUGCGAUCGAGACUGAUAUUUGAGCGCACGACUUUGACGCAAGAAGAUUUCAGACUGUUGGGCAACGCCAGCUUGUGUGGCGUGCUCCAUGUCGCGUAUCAGACGAAACAUGGAAUUACUGGGACCUACGCUCUGUGUGUCUUAUUUCGACAGCAUCUGCUCAUUGCUUUUCAUGUAACUGCGAGCCAAAGAUUCGACAUUGUUGCUUUCAUCAAUCUCCAUGAUCUCAAGAUCGAUUCGGCAAGCGAUGGCAAAGGUCUACAAUCGCCAGCGGCCUUCCAUACCUGGAAGCUCUCCUUUGCAGUUGAAGGCAGAUUGAACGAAUUUCUACUGUCUGCAUCUUCCGCGGUGGAAGAAGAACAGUGGAAACGAGGCCUGCGUGGUGAACUUGCGGAUGCGACUGGUGGACGGUCUAUGCCGAAGAACUUUCCCAGCUCAGUUGCCCUAGACCUUAGGUCUGUAGGCGUGAUCUACGGCCGCCAGGGCACACUUGCCCGCAGACUCUCGGUCCAAAGAGCCGCAACGGUUGGCAGCCGCACAAGCAUCUCGCAAGUCAUUAUUCGCAAUACUCACAAUCCCGAGGAGCUCCAUGAGUUUCGGCAACCCUCAACGACUUCAGUGAACCGUUCUCAAUCGCACAUGACCUCCAAUCGUAUAGUUAUUCUAGCUCCAAAGCGAUCCGAGCGUACCAGAUUGGAGUCUCUGCUGAAUGAUAUCUGGACUAAGGACAAGUUGCCAUAUCCAGGUAUGAUAGGGAGCCGAGGCGGACAGAUCAUAAGAGCGUCUGCAGGGUCAUUGGCCCGGAAGCUCAGCUUAGCAUCAAUCCAAGGAUCAUUUUCAAGGCGGUCAGCAAGCUUGACGGUCUCCUCCAAGAAGUCUUACGAAACUUUGUCAGUUUCCAGGGGUAUGGACCGGAUGCCCACCUUCGAGAUCUGGAGGGACAGCGUCGAUGAGCGGCCAACAUCGAGGCAUAAGCGAAAGACAUCGCAUGACGUUCCCGAACUCGACAGCAUGGACACCGUUGUCAAUCGCAUGAUUGGAGACUCGAUGCCGAUGCACACCAUUCCAUCUACCCCGAAAGACGAUGGCAUCCACAGGACAGGCGUUUUGCAUAAGCAACCGGUGCAAGUCACAUCGCUUCCUAUCGGCCCGGACGAUUCGGCACAGGCCUUUUAUCCAGAAGAAGUCGAGAAGAUGCAGAACACUAUCAGUGUAGAGGAGUCGUUGGCGGGAAAACACAAGAAGAGGUGGAGCAACCCGAUGGGAAUACUAAAAGGUAGGGCUGCGGAAGGUUUCAGACACAUGCUCUACUCAACGAGAUAA